CAUGUCAAUUGUCAUACCAAAAACAUGAAGCAUCUUUCCUCUUUCUUCCUAUUUCUCUCUUUAUUUAACCUAACAUUCUAUGGCUCAACAGCCCAAAAUUUAAUCCAAACAACUUGCAAAUCAUGUUCCAAAAAUGAAUCAAGUAUUACGUAUGGCUUUUGCACUUCAUCUCUACAAGCUGCUCCGGCGAGUCAAUGUGCUACUCUCCGUGGCCUUGGAAUGAUUUCUAUUAGAUUAAUUCGAUACAAUGUUACUGAUACGAGGUGUCACGUUAAGAUGUUAUUGAAGGAUAAGAAUUUGGAUUUUUAUAAUAGGAGUCGCUUGAAAGUUUGUUUAGAUCUUUAUUCUGACGCGAUCCCAACUAUCAAGCUUGCUAUGAAGAGUUACAAUAUGAAGAAAUAUUAUGAUGCGAAUAUACAAAUAAGUGCAAUUAUAGCUACCGCUACGACAUGUGAAGAUGGAUUUAAGGAGAAAGAAGGUGCUGUGUCACCGUUAACUAAGAGAAAUGAUAAUACUUUUCAAUUAUCUGCAAUUGCACUUUCUGUUAUGAAUCUUGUUAUGAAUAAUAAUGGAUAAAUUGGUCGAUAUUGAU